UGUUCAAACUGUUGCUCAGACCCACUGCUGUCAACACGCUGCUGGAGUUUUCUGUGGAAGGAGUGUCUGGAUCACUGCAGGCUUGGAAGCAGAAUGAAACGAAACCACAGCUACAGCUCAUCAGACAGCGACCUGGACGACAAUGUUGAAGUGGAGAAGGAUAGUGGCGAUGAAAAUGGUCACCUUGACUCUCAUGGAUCUAUGUCACCCUCUACAACCACACAAGUUCAAGCCAGAAAAAGGCGCAGAGGGAUUAUUGAGAAAAGGAGACGUGAUCGAAUCAAUAACAGUCUGUCAGAGCUGAGAAGAUUGGUGCCAAGUGCAUUUGAGAAACAGGGAUCAGCUAAAUUGGAGAAAGCUGAAAUCUUGCAAAUGACAGUGGACCACUUGAAGAUGCUUCACGCAUCUGGUGGGAAAGGUUACUUUGAGGCACAUACUCUUGCUAAGGAUUACCGCAGCCUGGGCUUCAGGGAGUGCCUGGCAGAGACAGCACGCUACCUGAGCAUCGUCGAAGGACGGGACAGCACGGACUCUCUACGUAUGCGGUUAGUGUCCCACCUCAGCAACUGUGCCUCUCAGAGGGAGGUGCACACUGGACUGGAACAUUUAGCCUGGGGCUCUGCCUACGGGACUGCUCCCACCCAUCUCCCCCACCACGUCCUCCUACAGCACCCUCAGGGCAGGACACCUGCACCCAGAAGCAACAGCAGCCCGCCCUCCAACUCUUCCUCCUCUUCUCCGUCAUCUUCCUCCUCGUCCGCCGAGACAGCUGGGACACCCAGACUCAGCGCCAUGCCCCCCACAGAGUCCAUCAGGGUGCCUCCCAACGGCUCUCUGCCCCUCAGUCUCUCUGUGCCAGCAUCUAAGCUUUCGCCGCCACUCGUCUCAUCUCUGUCCUCACUUUCGGCCUUCCCCCUCUCUUUGAGUGCUUUCCCUCUCAUCUCCCCAGCAGCCGUCAGCACAGCGAGUCCUUCCUCCACCAUAUCGAAGCCUUACAGGCCUUGGGCCAUGGAGAUUGGGGCCUUCUGACGCUGAGCACUGGACUGAAGGCAACAGCUGAGCUGUGCCCACCAUCACCAGCCUGCUUCACCUGCUUUUCUUUUUUUUUUUUUUUACAUUAAACCACAGUGGAGCAGAGUUAACCGCAGGAUUAUAUAGCUUCUUCUCAAUGUGGCAUUUACUUUUCACAAGAAAAAGGAAACGUGUCAUUCAGUGAGUUGAAAACUAACUACGUAGAAUGCACUGCUUCCCAGUUGAAGACUGACAUAAUGGUAUAAUUAUGGGUCAGUGAGUAGCAUUACUGUAAGCACAGAUUUAUAGGUAAGACUUUAUAGAUCAUACACACAAACUUUUACAUUUGUCAAGCACAAAUGUCCGCUUUAACAUUAUGUAGAGCUGCUUACUAUGAUCUGAUUUUUUAUUUUAUUUUUUAUGAGAAUCUUGUGGAAAUAGAUAUGCAUAUAAUAUGCCCUACAUUUGGAGGACUAACUACUUGUGAACUGGAAACUUUCAUUUGUGUAUCUGUUCAUAAUAUUUUUGUACCAAUAAAAUGAGUCUAAAUGUAU